AUGGCGAUGUCGUGGAAACUCACCAAGAAGCUCAAGGAGACGCAUCUGGGGACGCUGAGCCCAUUCUCCCGAUCCGCUUCGACCUCGACCAUAACAGAAAAAGAGGAUAAGACUUCGCCCAACCCUGGAUCCGAAGUUCAUAUCUCCGAGAAUGAUGCCUCUUCUGCCACAGGCAAGGUCCAGGCUCCGGUCAUCACAACACCAAAACCCGGUAUCUUGAUCGUCACCCUCCACGAAGGCCAGGGCUUUGCUCUCCCCGAAGAGCACCGAAACGCGUUCAACUCACAGCACCAGGGCUCCUUAUCAACGAGCAAUGCAAUGUCCGCCGGGUCCGUUAGAAAUGCAUCCCAGCGUAUGGCCGGAUCUCUGGUCAACAAUGGAUCGCACCGGCCUCAUUCGUCUGCUGGCGGCUUUUCCGGCAUUCCUACAAACCACGGUCGGAUAUCAGGAAGAUAUAUGCCAUACGCUCUCCUCGAUUUUGACAAGGUCCAAGUCUUUGUCAAUUCCGUUCAAGGAAACCCGGAGAACCCCCUAUGGGCUGGUGGCAACACGCAGUACAAGUUCGACGUGUCUCGCGUCACGGAGCUCGUCAUUCAUCUGUAUAUGCGCAACCCCAACGCGCCGCCUGGCGCGGGACGUAGCCAGGAUAUUUUCCUUGGCGUCGCUCGCAUCAACCCCAAGUUCGAAGAGCGACAGCCAUACGUGGAUGAUCCCAAGCUCAGCAAGAAAGAUCGCGAAAAGGCUGCUGCUGAGCACGCCCAGAAGCAGAAUGGAGAGGGCCAGAGCGGCGUUGAAUGGGUCAACGUCCAGUUUGGCUCUGGCAAGAUCAAGGUUGGCGUCGAGUACGUAGAGACUCGUGUUGGCAAGCUCAAGAUUGAGGACUUUGAACUGCUCAAGGUCGUCGGCAAGGGUAGCUUCGGUAAGGUCAUGCAAGUCCGCAAAAAGGAUACCAAUCGAAUUUACGCCCUCAAGACAAUCCGCAAGGCGCACAUCAUUUCUCGAUCCGAAGUUGGGCAUACCCUAGCUGAGCGAUUAGUGUUGGCGCAGAUUAACAAUCCCUUCAUUGUCCCGCUCAAGUUUAGUUUCCAGUCACCCGAGAAGCUAUACUUUGUCCUAGCCUUUGUCAACGGCGGUGAGCUGUUCUAUCACCUUCAAAAGGACGGCCGCUUUGACGUGAACCGCGCCCGAUUCUAUACGGCUGAACUGCUGUGCGCUCUCGAGUGCUUGCAUGGAUUUAGUGUCAUCUAUCGCGACCUCAAACCGGAAAACAUUCUUCUCGACUACCAAGGCCACAUUGCCCUGUGUGAUUUUGGUCUCUGCAAGCUUGACAUGAAGGAUGAGGAUCGAACAAACACUUUUUGCGGCACACCCGAGUAUCUUGCCCCGGAGCUUCUCAUGGGCAAAGGCUAUAACAAGACGGUUGACUGGUGGACGCUGGGUGUUUUGCUUUACGAGAUGUUGACGGGUCUGCCACCUUACUAUGAUGAGAACACCAAUGAAAUGUACCGCAAGAUCCUUUCGGAGCCGCUACACUUUCCCGAUAUCGUGCCCCCGGCCGCCAAAGACUUGCUUACGAAGCUGCUCAACCGCGACCCGAAGCAGCGACUUGGAGCUAACGGCUCUGCUGAAAUUAAAGCACAUCCGUUCUUCCAUGCCAUAGAUUGGCGCAAGUUGCUGCAGCGCAAGUACGAGCCUACAUUCAAACCUAGUGUGGCCGACGCACUGGAUGUGAUUAACUUUGACACUGUGUUCACAAACGAGUUGCCCUCCGACUCACUUGUCGAGGGACAGCCGCUAACAGGGACGAUGCAGGACCAAUUCUUGGGAUUCAGCUACAACAGGCCAAUUGGCGGACUGGCUGAUGCUGGCGGCAGCUUGAGGGAUCCAUCAUUCGUGGGCAGCAUUCCCGAACAUGAGUAG